CUUACCUCAUCUACACAACACAACACUCCCAACACCCAAACCAGACCCUCUCCAUCUGGACUCACACCACACCCUCCAUCAUCUCAAAACUACUUCCGCAUAUCCAACAACAGCAAGAGCAACAACGGCCCACACUCUACCAUCCACCCCAUACCUACUUGUACAAGAAAAGAUAAACAUGUCCUACUACUUCGCCAUAAUAGGAACAUCCGACAACCCAAUCUUCGAAUACGAAUUCGGGACCGCAAAAGCAGGCGGCGACGGGGUCCCCCGUUUCCCGGAACAAGCAAGACACAUGAACCAAUUCAUCGUGAACGCAUCCCUAGAUAACGUCGAGGACGUGCAAUGGGGCGGUGGUCAAAUGUACAUCUUCCUUCCCCCCUCCCCUCCUCCUUCCAUCCCCUCACACACAACCCCCUCAACCAACACAAACAGGUAUCUCAAAAAAAUCGACCGCUACUACAACAACUACAUCUCAGCCUUCAUCACCGGCUCCAACACCAAAUUCCUGCUCCUCCACCACCCCACCACGCCCUCCACGACGUCGACGCGGGCAUCCACGUCCAUCCCCGCGAACCCGACGAGUCCCCAGACCGAGGAGGCGAUCAAGCAGUUCUUUGUCGAAGUCUAUGAGAAUUGGCUAAAGACGGUCAUGAAUCCUUUUUAUACGCAGGGGAUGAGGAUUGAUAGUCCUGUGUUUAGGGGUCGUGUUGCGGCGGCGGGGAGGAAGUAUUUGUGAGUUUCUUGGGCUGGUUAGGGUUGGUUGGUUGGGGGUGUUUGAAGUUUGAGAGGAAG